CUAUGCGGCAAACAGAGAGCUUUGCAUAAGUAGAAAGAUCCAUAAUUUGUGCAAACUAUACAAAACUUGUCCAAGCUUUUCUUUAAAUCUAAUUAACCACAAAAUUUUAGACCAGUUGUUCAUGAAUAUAUGCAAUUGAUUUUCAAAAUGUAAUCCCCGUUAUCCAUCGAUGUGAGCAUCAGGUAAACCAACAUGAUAAAGGCUUCGAAUAUUUUUGUUAAAAAAAUAAAAAAAAAAACAAGUUGCCAAAAAUAAAAUGGAUUUCUUUCAAUUUAUUUUUUUUCUUAAUGAUUUGCUGAACGUUUCCUCAUCUUCACAUGGAAAGUAAAUCCUUGGUAAGUCCCUUCAUGGAAGGAAAAUCUAUAGUAAGGUUUUCAUAAGCAUCAUAAAAAUCUCGCUGAUCCUGAUUUCUUCCCAUAGGGAAGAAGUAAAAGGCUUCAAUCUUCGCUUUCGUCUCCUCUCCUCUCCUCCGGUUUGGGGAUCGGAGGGCCGAGAUAAUGGCAGGGCGGCGGGAGGGUCCGCUGAUGCGUAUCGGGAAUGGCCCGCCUUCUCGCGGAUAUCGGAUCGCCUUGGCCGUCGCCAUCGGCAUCAUCCUCGGAUGCGUCGUUGCCUUCCUCUUUCCCGAUGGCCUCUUCCGCUUCUCAUUCCCGUCUCCUCCUCUCUCCCACAAUACCACCAAAUUGAUACAGGUCAAUGCAGCCCCCUGUGAAUCACUUGAGAGGACCAACAUUUUGAAGUCAGAGUUGGCAACGCUAUCAGAAAAAAAUGCAGAAUUAAAGCAGGAGGUUAGGGAGCUAACUAUGAAGCUUCAAUUGGCUGAACAAAGAAAAGAUCAGGCUGAAAAGCAGUUUCUGGCUUUAGGACCGAAGCAUAAAGCUGGUCCUUUUGGUACUGUCAAGAGUUUGAGAACAAAUCCAGCUGUCACUCCUGAUGAAUCUGUGAACCCAAGAUUGGCAAAGAUACUAGAAAAAGUAGCUGUUCGAAAAGAGCUCAUAGUUGCUCUGGCAAACUCCUAUGUGGAGGAGAUGGUGGAGAUCUGGUCUGAGAAUAUCAAAAGAGUGGGUAUAACCAAUUAUCUAGUUGUCGCAUUGGAUGAUGAGAUGGAAAGCUUCUGCAAGUCCAAGGAAGUUCCUGUUUACCAAGGAAAUUUUGAUGAAGGCAUCAAUUCCAUUGGAAGGAGAGGCGGGAACCAUGCAGUGUCCGGAUUGAAGUUCCAUGUUUUGAGGGAAUUUUUGCAGCUUGGUUACAGUGUUCUUCUCUCAGACGUUGAUAUCAUCUACUUACAGAACCCAUUUGAUCAUCUCUACAGAGAUUCUGAUGUGGAAUCCAUGAGUGAUGGUCACAAUAACAUGACAGCUUAUGGUUAUGAUGAUGUCUUUGAUGAGCCUCAAAUGGGUUGGGCAAGAUAUGCUCAUACAAUGCGGAUAUGGGUUUACAAUUCUGGCUUUUUCUAUAUUAGACCAACAAUUCCCUCAAUUGAGCUUUUGGAUCGCGUAGCAAGCAGAUUAUCUCGUGAAAAUGCAUGGGACCAACGGGUCUUCAAUGAAGAGCUUUUCAUCCCCUCACACCCAGGAUAUUAUGGGCUUCAUGCAUCCAGGAGAACCAUGGAUAUGUAUCUUUUUAUGAACAGCAAUGUUCUUUUCAAGACUGUGAGGAAAGAUGCUAACCUGCGCAAGUUAAAGCCAGUCAUUGUUCAUGUGAAUUACCAUCCUGAUAAACUCCGUAGAAUGAAGGCUGUUAUGGAGUUUUAUGUCAAUGGAGACCAAAAUGCACUGGAUCCUUUGCCUGAUGGUUCAGAGUAGUAUAUGGGGCUCUUGCUUUGCGUUUCAAUUUUGCAAUAGAAGUACAGACCUGCUGAAAGAGUACUUGUUCGAGCUCAUGUUCGCAGAACUGGAGUGUGUCAUGCGGAAAUGGGGUCAUGAUUUAGGAAUGCUCCAUUGAGGAAAGAUAAAUGCUACAUUUUGAAACUUGAGAUUGGAUUUAUUAAAAGGGUGAAGCCUCCUUCAUAUCAUGGCGUUAGCCUGUCAACCUGAUUAACUUACUAGAAUUUAUUGCUUAGGGAAAGGAUCACUAGUUGUUAAACCGCUAUUCCAAUGACUCUGCGAAUAUGCUGAGUUCCAUUAGAAGUUCUGGAAGGCAGCUUUUCUUGAUCCCAUAUAUGAUCUAGUGCUCUGAUUAUGAUCAAGAUGGAAGACUGUAGUAUCAUAAGGAAACUUCUAUCACUUGUCUCCAUUGUCUACUAUGGUUCUUUUGUGAUAUUUGACGAAGUCAAUAUGAUCUUGAUUGCUGGACGGUAGUCAUCAUUGCUCAGUUCUCGCACUAUCUUCAUUUUGGCGAGUUCUUGACCUUGACGUCAACUUCUGCACAGAUCUUGUGUCAAGGAGAGACCUUCUUUUAAAGAAGAAUUGGGGGGAGGGCAUAAGCCUUCACCCAAUUUACUGAGGUAAGAAAUUUUCGAUGAAUGCAUGCGGGUUUGGGCACAUCACUGACC